AUGGGCAUUGAUUUGGUUAAAAGAGGUAGAAUUCAAUUGAGAAACAAGAAAGAUUCUAGAAGCUUGAACCUUUACCACCACCUUCUCGUCAGACUUUUCAGAUUCCUCUCAAGAAGAACUGAUUCCGCAUUCGCUAAGACCGUCCUUAGAAGAUUGCUAUCCUCAAGAGUCAACAGACCUCCUGUUUCACUUAGUCGUCUCGUAAGACACCUCGGCCAGAAACAAGAGAGAAUCGCUGUAGUUAUUGGAACAGUGACUGAUGAUCAGAGACUUCUUGAAGUUCCCAAGUUGACAGUUGCCGCACUCAAGGUUACUGAGACCGCUAGAGCUAGAAUCCUCAAAGCAGGUGGAAAAGUGCUCACUCUCGAUUAGCUCGUUCUUCUCGCACCAACAGGCACAAACACUUUACUCCUUAGAGGACCAAAGGACAGAGAAGCCAAGAAGCAUUUCGGACCCGCUCCAGGUCUCCCAGGCUCCCACACCAAGCCAUACGUUAGAGCUAAGGGCAGAAAGUUCGAGAAGGCCAGAAGCGUUUGA